AUGAAGCUCUCUGUCCAACUCGGCAUUCUCCCCCACGCUUCAGGUUCCCACGGCAUCCAAGGGACUCUGGCCAGGUAAAGAGAGUGUGUGUGAUAGUUGGGGUAUUCUACGUCUUCAGAAGGAUACUAGAUUUUAAAUAUGGACAAGAACUUUCGAUCCUCAGUUGGUCUGUGAUGUUUUACUCUCUCUCUCUCUCCUCUCGCUCUCUCUGUGUGUGGGGGACUUUCCCCCAUGUGGCUGUGUGAACAUGUUUAGACGGCUGUGGUCAGUCUAAAUCUCUCACCAGUUAGCUCUGUCUGUCUGCAGUCCUGUCAAGCGCAGAUAUACUGUGGGUUUAAGGCAACUACAAAGCAGCCGAGCCUCAGAGCUUAAGAUACAGAUUGCAGUGCUUGUGAUAGAUAUCAGAUCUGUAUGAUGAGAGUGUGUUAAUGUGAGAUCCCCCAGUAUGUUGUAAAGGGGUGUGUGUGUUUGAAGUAUGAUUCAUGACAUCAACCUGUCUGCAGAUGAGGAUAGAUGCUUCCUGGCUUAUAGCCAAAAUCAGUGAGGACACGCUGAUGUAUUUCUGUGUGUCUGUCUCAUUAGAGGUGAUGGAUCUGUCCCUGGAUGACUCUAAUCCAAACACCAGGAUACAAUAGCAGCUGUGUGUCUGUGUGUGUCUGUGUGUGUGUGUGUGUGUGUGUGUGUGUGUGUGUGUGUGUGUGUGUUUGUGUGUGCACGCGCGCUUGUGCAUGUGCUCAAUAGUUGUCAAGCCUGCUUUUAACUCUUUUCCCUCCCUGUGGUCCUUUCAGAAUGAUGUUUGUCCUGUCUCAUCCAUAGUCUCCCUAGAGAUCACUCUAGUCUCUCUUGCUGGUUUCACCCCCCUCUCACCCUGCCCCCGUCCCCCCUUCGCCCCCAGGGUUGGGGAAAGACAAACAUAGCCAGUAUAAUUGUUCAAAGUGGGGUUAAAGACUGGUGUGUGGACAAUGUGUGUGUCUGUCUGUCUGUGUGUGUGUUGUAGAACCUUCCUGUUCAAGGUUAGUCUCCUCCUUUGUGUUUGAUGGACAGCUCCAGUCAGUGUGUGUGUGAGACUGAGAUUUCCAGGCAGCUUGGGGCUUUAUGCUGCUGCCUGGCUGUGAGCCGUGUCAUAAAUUCACCAUGCCUCUUAACAGGGCUUUUCUCCCUGGUGCAGAGAGAGACUGUGUGUUUUCACCCAUUCAAUCAGGAUUACGCUCAUACAUAAAAUAUCCCUCCUAUCUCUGUGGGUUCAACAGCCAGCUUGUACAGUCACAGAGCUUUAGCUAGGCUAGUAGGUUGUCUACACUGUAAGGAGAUUCAAAUUCAGAGCCAGAAUGAAUGAUACAUUGCUGUCUACUGUCUAGAGCAGCGCUUUCAACCCUGUUCCUGGAGAGCUACCCUCCUGUAGGUUUUCGCUCCAACCCCAGUUGUAUCUAACCUGAUUCAGUUGAUCAACCAGAUCAUUAUUAGACACAGGUGUGCUGGAUUAGGGUUGGAGGGAAAACCUACAGGACUGUGGCUCUCCAGGAACCGGGUUGGAGAGCCCUGGUUUAGCGUAUGUGUUGCUCCAUAGAGGUAUGGUAAUGCAAUGUGAAAUAUUCACAAUAUUCAGCCGAUUCCACGGCUGGAAAUAAAAUAAAGGCUCUGAAGUAGAACAUGUAAUACUGAUUUAGUGGAGAGUCCAGUUAGGUUGCAUCCAUUCAACCACACACUGAACCCUCGUUAAACUCUGUUUACAAAUGAGCUAUCUGUUUAAAGGCACAUUUUGUAAGAUCUUCUUUUUUAAAACCAAUCCCUUUUGGGUAUGUCCUUGCCUCUUCUCUUUGUUGUGGUUGGCAUAACACCUCUCCUCCCUCCUCCAUUUAUCCUGGUUAAAAUCGUGUUGUUUAAUUAAACCUAUCUUUCCCUCUCUUUUUCCCUUUUCUCUCCAGUUGGGAUGACAGCAGCUCUGUGAGCAGUGGCAUCAGUGACACCAUCGACACAGAUGACAUCAACACCAGCUCUUCCAUCAGCUCCUACGCCAACACACCGGCCGCACAGCGCAAGGCCCUCAACGGACAGGUCGGUGUGGAGGCUAGACACACACACACACACGCAUGCACACACACACAGACACACACACGCAUGCACACACACACACAGACACACACAAGCAUACACACACACACAAAUAUAGCCCCAGGCUCUGAAUAGACACACAAAUAGACUCUCAAGUACAGUCUCACACUCCCACCUCUCCCCCUCUUUCUGCUCUCCCCCUUCCCUUCUCUCCCCCUUAGCUCCGAGUGUGUUAAUGAUAUUGACAUUCCUCACAGUUUGGAGGGGAAUAUGAGCCUAUAGUAUUGCUCUGGGUGACAGACCUGUGAACUGACUAGACUAAUGUUAAUGUUUGAACUGGCCUCAAGUCAUUAAAUACCAAUUUUAAGAAGCCACCUUAGAAAAACUGUGUGAGAAGUGAUAGUACUCUCAGCUGGUUUUGGGUGGCUUUGGGAAGGGGUUGGAUGUCUGGAUAACAUACACACACUAUACAAUAACACUCAUUUAAUAUAGUGGUUAUUUUAUGUAGGAUAACAAAGGCUGUACAAAGACCAUAUUCUCCCAGUAUUACUUGACCUUUGACCCAACACUAGGUUAAUACAGUCUGUUUCCAUGGAUACUGUCUCCAUAUUGGAUCCCUAGAGUGCUGAGGUUAUUGUAUGCUGAGUACGGCUUCCCUUAUGGUAGGCCCCAAAGAGCUUUCUGAUUUUGUCCACAAUCAGUAUACUAUCAUGCCACUAUCAACACGGCCCUAUAGGCACAAAUGGAAGUGACUAACUUCAACCCGAUAAGCCGGUCAUUUUAUUCCCAUAUAUUCCGUGCCACAGCACCAUAAAAUAGAUCAUAACUCCCCUCUUCUCUCAUCCUCUGUGUCCCCAGCCUGUGACGGACGCUGAGAAGCACUCGGCCUCCACCACCCUGAACCCCGCCUGGUCAGGUGACGAGGUCAAGAGGUCAGACGGGGUGUCGGACAGCGGGGUCAGCAGGAUGGACCAGGGCUCCAAGUGGGCCCGCCGGAACCCCUCGGACGUGUCUGACGAGUCGGAUAAGGUGGGCUCGGGGCGGAAGACUCCCUCUAUGACACACACAGGGUCCUGGAGGAGGGGCAUGAGCGCUCAGGUGGGGGUGACCAGCCCCAGGACUAAAGCUACUGGAACAUCAGGCUCCACUGUGAUAAAGACACACAGCACAGGUAUGGGUGUUUUCUGUCCUGGCAGUGUUUCGCUGUCUCUGUAUUUGUCUCGUUUGCGAUUGCAUGUGUGUUUCUAUGUGUGCUCUUGUUUCUUCCUCUUUGGCAAUGUCUCUCCUUAUGUCUGUCUGUCCGUCGGUCCAUCUGUGUAAAUCUGUGUGUAUGUGUUUGUACAGUAUGCACUGUAUCAGUAUGUCUCCCUCUCUUCUAUGUGUGUCCCUCUCUCCCUCUGUGUGUGUCUCUAUGUGUCAUUUUCUCUCUUGUGGUCUGAAUCUUGAGUCAUUAACCCUAUGAAACACCACAACUAUGACAAACUCUCCUCUGACCUUAACCCCUGCUGUAUGUCCCAUCCUGUGUACGUGUAGGUAAAACAGACGACAUCAAGGUGUCUGAGAAGGGCCGUCUCUCGCCUCGCUCCAACGGCCUCCACCGCUCGCCCUCCGAAGCCGGACGCAGCAGUGACGACGAGGCCAAGAAACACACACCCUCCUCCACCUCCACCGCUACCUCCACCCGCACAUCACACACACACACCCUCACACACGCCCUGUCUGAACCCCAAUCCCAGUCACACACACUCACCUCCCGCACCCCCACCAGCACAUUUGGCUUCAAGAAGCAGAGUUCCGGGAUGGUUACUAUGGUUACCGCCAGUGGCGCCACCAUCACGAGCGGGUCAGCGACUCUUGGGAAGAUGCCCAAGUCAGGGACGAGAUCCCUAGCCGGUGGGAUAAAGGUCGGAGGUCAAGAUGUGGGUUCCGGUCUAGGUCACCAUGACGAUGGGAACCUCUCGGUGAGCGCCCGCUCCACACUGCAGUACCGGAGCCUUCCAAGACCCAGCCGGUCCGGCGCCACCGCGCGUAACGGAAACCGGUCGUCGACCAGCAGCAUCGAGGCGGCCGUGCUUUCCGUUACCACUCAUAGUAAAAGCAGAGACAUGGGGAACACUGGAAAAAUUAAUGGAAGUGGGACUGGGGUCUCGCUAGCCAAUCAGACGGACCGAGAGAAGGGCGUGUCAGAGGGCGUGGACAACCUGAGGGGAGGGGCUUCCACUGUCCCUCUCACAGGGAGACAGCAGGUUGCCUCACCCACACUGCGCAGGUGAACAGACUCACACACUCACACUCACAUGCAGAGAUAUAAUAUCACUCACACUUAAACGUGGUCAUUAAUGACACCCAUUUACAGUACAGUACAGUGUCUGAAACCUAUUCCUAGUGCAAUGCAACACACACAUUUACAUCCAUACACAAAGGUCAUGUCAGUCCACUGUAUGAAAACUAUCCCUUCAGCAUUUCUGUUCAGCUGCCAGGUCUGAGCCCACGCUUUUCAUAGUCUUUAUAUGUGCACAGUAACACGAGCAGAGUCUUACCGCUCACCGCUGGGCUGGCUCAUUAAUCUCUAUGGGUAAUAAGGCUUUGAAGAUCCUGCUCUAUAUUAUCACCCUGGCUACCGUCUUAACAGUCAACACACUCUGGUUAUGUCCCAAAUGGGACCCUAUUACAAAUGUAGCGCACUAAAUAAGGAUUAGGCUGCCAUUUGGGACGUAGCCAUUGUCCUUUAGCUUAAAGUAAUGGGGUAUGCUAAUGUAGGUUUCAAAGUUACUUAGAUAUAAUCCUCCAAGCUUUUACUCAAUAGUGUGCAAUAGGGGUGGUUACUAGAAAUUACUUUAAAACAGAAAUGUGUUUAUAAUACUCUACAUGUUUCAUAUCUCUCUCUGUGUGUGUGUGUGUGUCUGUCUACCUACAUUGUUUGCAUUUACAUUUUAGUCAUUUAGCAGACGCUCUUAUCCAGAGCAACUUACAGUUAGUGCAUUCAUCUUAAGAUAGCUAGGUGGGACCAAAGUUGUAAGCACAGAAUCGUCAAUAAUGUCAUUGUAUUCUGUAGCGUUAAGAUUUCCCUUCACUGGAACUAAGGGGCCUAGCCCGAACCAUGAAAAACAAUCCCAGACCAUUAUUCCUCCUCCACCAAACUUUACAGUUGGCACUAUGCAUUGGGGCAGGUAGCGUUCUCCUGGCAUCUGCCAAAACCCAGACUACCAGAUGGUGAAGCAUGAUUCAUCACUCCAGAGAACGCAUUUCCACUGCUCCAAUGCAUAGUGCCAACUGUAAAGUGUGGUGAAGGAGGAAAAAUGGUCUGGGGCUGUUUUUCAUGGUUCGGGCUAGGCCCCUUAGUUCCAGUGAAGGGAAAUCUUAACACUACAGCAUACAAUGACAUUCUAGACAAUUCUGUGCUUCCAACUUUUUCGCAACAGUUUGGGGAAGGCCCUUUCCUAUGUCAGCAUGACAAUGCCCCCAAUGGCGGCAAGCUUUACACCACUCCAGCUGACGCUUGGCUUUGCACAUGGUGAUCUUAGGCUUGUGUGCGGCUGCUCAGCCAUGGAAAACCCAUUUUAUGAAGCUCCUGACGAACAGUUCUUGUGCUGAUGUUGCUUCCUGAGGCAGUUUGGAACUCAGUAGUGAGUGUUGCAAACGAGGACAGGCGAUUUUUACUUGCUUCAGUUCUCGGUGGUCCCGUUCUGUGAGCUUGUGUGGCCUACCACUUCGCGGCUGAGUCGUUUUUGCUCCUAGACGUUUGAGUGUUAGUUCACGAAAGGCUUUUUUGCUGGGGGGGUGGUGCUGUGGGAUUAUUUAAGAUACUCUUUGAAGAGGUAGGGUAAAUAUUUUUAUAUAUUCUCCUUUUCAACUUUCUCCUUCUCUUCUCCCUCUCCAUCUCUCUCCAGGUUGUUUGGUGGUAAGCCCAGUAAGCAGGCUCCGGUCACCACAGCAGAGAACAUGAAGAACUCGACGGUGAUCUCCAACCCUCACGCUACCCAUGCUGCCCUGGACUCCCCUGGAGGUGUAGGGGGGGAGACCGAGGGCAGCAGCCCCCUGUACGGAGGACGAAACCUGAGCACGGGCCAUAGCACGCUGGGUAGCGAACAGGUAAGAUAGGCAGACUAACCAUAUGACAUGAGCUGGCAAUAUCUUUGCAGCCUCUUGAUAAGCAUCUGUGUCCAUGAACAGUUUAUACUUGCACAAACAAGAAAAUAGCCAACUUUAGCUACCAGCACCGAUCACGAUAGGUAGCCUUGUGAUAAAAUAGUUGGCUAUGAUAGCAAGCAACCGUGUAGCUAGCAACAGCAGAUCAUAAUAUGAAGAACACUAAGAGUGCAGCAGAUAUAUGAUUUGACCUUGGCGAGUGGAAGCAUAACCACUAAGCAUAACAUAUGAAAAUCACUUGAUAAAUCCAUCAUUUCUCCUGUGUCCCCCAGAGUGCGUCCAGCCCCGGCUCUGUCUACUCCUCCACGGGGCCCUCCAACAGCCUGACGUGGGGCACCACCAUGAGCACUGGCUCCUCUGCCCAGAGCAGGGAGGGUACCCUGGGUGGGCACAGUGGGCACGGUGGUGGGGCGGGAAGCCUGGGCUACCCCUCGGUCAGCAGCAUGCACACCAGCAGCGAGUCCAUCGACAUGAGCGUGAGCAGCGCCGGGCAUGGAGGAAGGGACAGCAGGGAGGACACCCUCUCAGCCCUGGGCAGGACCAGCAGCAUCAAGACGGGCAUGUCUGAGAGGUGAGGACAGGGGAAUGGAAGGAAGGAGGGAGGGAGGGUUUGAGUGGUAAUAGUGGGAUGUUGGGGGAAGUUGGGAAUCUGCUCUGAUCUUGGUCAUUAUAUCUUUAUAUGGACAGAAAAACAAGGAACCUGUCAGAUGUUGCCAUAGCACUGUCAUAUUGUGUUUGUUCAGUGUAUUCCUGCAUACAUGAAUGUGUAUGUGACCGGAAUGUGUCAGCCAUAUUAUCACCAGAGAUAUUAUGCAAGCAUCUCAAUGGAAAGCAUUGUUUAAGGUAUGCCUUAAUGCUAUGUCAUUUGAGAUCUAUUCUGGUGUUACCUUCUCUGACACAUCUCAUUAUCUUUGCUUACUAGACUAGUAGAUGAUAUUCAUUGUUGAGCUGGUGGUGGUGAUUUUGCUUGUUGCAACGGUUGGACUCAAUGUGGCUCUCUCCUUCAGAGGAUUAUUCUCCCUCACUUUUAUUUCUGAAGUUCUUUCUCUCUUUGUCUGUUGUGUGUCCCCCCCCCCCCUUCCCAUCAGCCCCCUGUCCUCCCCCUCCGCUAGCCCUAAAUUCAACCGAAACACCUUACCUCGGAAACAGGACAGGUAAAAGUGCUUGUGUGUGGGGCUUCUCCUUUGUGGCGGUGUGUGUGUGUGUGUGUGAGUGUGCUGUGUUGUUGCAGGCUUUCGUUCCCCUUACAGCGCUUGCUCUCAGUCCGCUAUCGCUGUUUAUAUGCUGCCAUCUUGUGGCGAAACUUAGACUUGGACCCUGAUAUUUAAAAACAACCAUCACUGCUAUGACAUGACACUAUACUAAGAUGUGUUGUCACAAAAUAUAUUUUCCAGAAAAGCGAUGGCAUAUAUAUAUUUUUACAAUUGCAAUAGCUAGAUAGUGCACUAUCCACAUUCCUCCUUUCCUCUCCUCCAUUCUUUUCCUCUCCCUGAAGUGUUUUUCUUUGCUGAUCCCACAGGGGUCCACACAGUGAUAGAAACACUCUGCCCAAGAAGGGACUCAGGUACCUACUGUAUGACCUCUCAGGCACUGUCUGCCAUGCUUAGCACCCUCCCUCUCUCUCUCUCACUUUCCCUCUCUCACAGCUUGAGCUCACGCAAUGCUGGUGUUGUUGUAGUUAUUCUUUUUUUGCUCUUGGCACAAUGUUGUGUUGCGCUUCAGUGUUAAGGCAUGUCACCUGUCACUACUGUGUGUGCAGAGGUGUCAUGGUGUCACGUCAUACGCACUUUGAUUUUGUGCACCGUUUUGGAAUUCGCUUGGGCAGCGUUUUGGAUUUCUGUUGACUGUCCCCUUGAUUUGUGUGUUGCUCUGGGUUGAAGAAAAGUGCUUGGACAUUAUGUGAAAUGUACUUGGGACAUAAUAAUCAGUUGCUCUUGGUAAAAAUAGAAUCACCAUAUGAUAAAUCAAGUUCUGCCUGGUAAUGAUUAAAUCAGAAUGUAACAACCGCACCAGUUUGCACACUACUCUCAUAACCUUUACCCACCAACAUAUAACCUCUGACCCUUGUGUGUUUGGCACUGCAGGUACGCCCCAUCGCCCCAGCUGCGAGGUCAUGAGGAGGCUGCGCGUGAUUGGCUGCGCUUCCAUUCUCAGGGCGGGCUGCAGGACUCGACCAGUAACUCUCCCUUCUCACCUGGGUCAAGCCUCACCUCACCCUCAGGGACACGCUUCAACUUCGGACAGCUCGGUAUGACCUAUAAACACCUUACAAGCCACUGUACUUGUGUGUGUGUAUGUGUAUACAGUGCCUUCAGAAAGUAUUCAGACUUUUUCCACAUUUUGUUACGUUACAGCCUUAUUCUAAAAUUGAUUACAUAUUAUUUUUUUAAUCAGCAAUCUACACACAAUACCCCAUAAUGACAAAGCGAAAACAGGUUUUUUGAAAUUUUUGCAAAUGUAUUAAAAAUAAAAAACUGAAAUACCUUGUUUACAUAAGUAUUCAGACCCUUUGCUAUGAGACUCAAUUGAGCUCAGGUGCAUCCUGUUUCCAUUGAUCAUCCUUGAGAUGUUUCUACAACUUGAUUGGAGUCCACCUGUGGUAAAUUCAAUUGAUUGGACAUGAUUUGGAAAGGCACACACCUGUCUAUAUAAGGUCCCACAGUUGACAGUGCAUGUCAGAGCAAAAACCAAGCCAUGAGGUCGAAGGAAUUGUCAGUAGAGCUCCGAGACAGGAUUGUGUCGAGGCACAGAUCUGGGGAAUGGUACCAAAACAUUUCUGCAGCAUUGAAGGUUCCCAAGAACACAGUGGCCUCCAUCAUUCUUAAAUGGAAGAAGUUUGGAACCACCAAGACUCUUCCUAGAGCUGGCCGCCCGGCCAAACUGAACAAUUGUGGGAGAAGGGCCUUGGUCAGGGAGGUGACCAAGAACCCGAUGGUCACUCUGACAGAACUCUAGAGUUCCUCUGUGGAGAUGGAAUAACCUUCCAGAUGGACAACCAUCUCUGCAGCACUCCACCAAUCAGGCCUUUAUGGUAGAGUGGCCGGACGAAAGCCACUCCUCAGUAAAAGGCACAUGACAGCCCGCUUGGAGUUUGCCAAAAGGCACCUAAAGACUCUCAGACCAUGAGAAACAAGAUUCUGUGGUCUGAUGAAACCCAGAUUCAACUCUUUGGCCUGAAUUCCAAGCGUCACGUCUGGAGGAAACCUGUCACCAACCCUACGGUGAAGCAUGGUGGUGGCAGCAUCAUGCUGUGGGGAUGUUCUUCAGCAGCAGGGACUGGGAGACUAGUCAGGAUCGAGGCAAAGAUGAACGGAGCAAAGUACAGAGCGAUCCUUGAUGAAAACCUGCUCCAGAGUGCUCAGGACCUCAGACUGGGGGCGAAGGUUCACCUUCCAACAGGACAACGACACUAAGCACACAGGGGUGGCUUCGGGACAAGUCUCUGAAUGUCCUUGAGUGGCCCAGCCAGAGCCCGGAAUUGAACCCGAACUAACAUCUCUGUAGAGACCUGAAAAUAGCUUUGCAGCAACGCUCCCUAUCCAACCUGACAGAGCUUGAGAGGAUCUGCAGAAAAUAAUGGGAGGAACUCCCCAAAUACAGGUGUGCCAAGCUUGUAGUGUCAUACCCAAGAAGAGUAUGGCGCAGUGGUCUAAGGCACUGCAUCGCAGUGCUAGCUGUGCCACUAGAGAUCCUGGUUCGAAUCCAGGCUCUGUCGCAGCCGGCCGUGACCGGGAGACUCAUGGGCAGCGCACAAUUGGCCUAGCGUUGUCCAGGGUAGGGGAGGGAAUGGCCGGCAGGGAUGUAGUUCAGUUGAUAGAGCAUGGCGUUUGCAACGCCAGGGUUGUGGGUUCGAUUCCCACGGGGGACCAGUAUGAAAAAAAUAAAAUAAAAUGUAUUCACUAACUGUAAGUCGCUCUGGAUAAGAGCGUCUGCUAAAUGACUAAAAUGUAAAAUGUAAAUGUAAGACUCGAGGCUGCAAUCAACAAAUUCUGAAUAUUUGCGUAAAUGUCAUAUUUUUGUCAUAUUUUUUAAUUUGCAAAACAUUCUUAAAACCAGUUUUUGCUUUGUCAUUAUGGGGUAUUGUGUGUAGAUUGAUGAGGGGGGAAAACAAUUUAAUCAAUUUUAGAAUAAGGCUGUAACCUAACAAAAUGUGGAAAAAGUAAAGGGGUCUGUAUAUCAAAUGACCUGUAUAGUUGUGUCCCUUGCAGCGGGCAGCCCCACCACAGCUGCUCAGAUAAACCUGGCCAGCCUCCGGAACAAUAGUCUGAUCAAUCAGGACAUCACCUUUGAACCCUGUGGUGACACCCGCCUGAGGAACUCCUGCGUGUCAUUGGACGAGAAGACUCGCACCAUGAGCCGCUCUGGUUCCUUCAGAGAUGGCUUUGAGGAGGGUGAGUAAAGAGAGAAGAAGGAGGGAGUGAGGGAAGCGACAAGUGCAAGCUGUGCCACUAAAGAUCCUGGUUCGAGUCCAGGCUCUGUCGCAGCCGGCCGCGACCGGGAGACCCAUGGGCGGCGCACAAUUGGUCCAGCGUCGUCCAAGGUAGGGGAGGGUUUGGCCGGCAGGGAUGUGGGUUCAUUUCCCACGGGGGGCCAGUAUGAAAAAAACAAAACAUGUAUGCAUUCACUAACUGUAAGUCGCUCUGGAUAAGAGCGUCUGCUAAAUGACUAAAAUGUUUUUUUUUUAAGAUAGAGAGUUGAUUACUCAUGAUAAAAUCUUCAAUCCUUAGAUGGAUACAUAAACCUUCAAAUCUAUCCACUUUCUCUUACUAUUUUAUCUCAACAUUACUCUUUCUCUCUUUCUUUUAAUAUGUUUUACUCAAUUCCCUCCCCGUAUCUCCACCUCUAUCCCUGCUUGCUUUUGUAGCCCAAUUAUCUUCCUGGCUUAUUUUUUUUUCUCCCAUAAACUAGUUUUGUUCAAUGCCAAUAUAACACAUGCAGAUUUGACCCUUUCUUCCCAUCACCAAGACCAAGAAAACAAGUGCACUUCUUUUCAGAGGGACAAAUCUAGUCUGAGAGAGAACUACAGAGAAUGAGAGAGAGAGGGAUCUGUUUACUCUCAGUUGGUGUGAGUGUGUGUGUGUGUGCGAGCGAGCGAGCGUACUUGUGUGUGUUAACCUGGGAAAAGCUUUGGGGGAGGGGGAGAGAGACAGAGAUAGAGAGAUAGAGGCUGGAGGAUAAACCCAGCCAUGUCUCAUAGGAAAUAAGCUCAGCGUUGUCUUUAAGCUUCCUGGGGCCUCAUAAGCACCAUAGUCCUGCUAAGACACAUGGUCCUCAUAAGACACUAUGGCAGUUCUAACAAGAGACGGCCACUGGGGGAGUACAGGAUUCACUGCUGCUCUCAUCAUCUCCUCCUCUCUUUGUAGUCUGCAUGCUGUCUUUUCCUGUGUGUGUGUGUGUGUGUGUGUGUGUGUGUGUGUGUGUGUGUGUGUGUGUGUGUGUGUGUGUGUGUGGGGUACACAAGCGCUACAUUUCUAGGUGCAGACAUGCAUGCAUGUGUGUGUAUACACACAAAUACUUUGGUGCAUGGGUCUCUAUUGUAUUAUAGUGUAAAAUCGCCAUGAGAGAGAGAGAGAGAGAGAGAGAGAGAGAAUUAAGACUAUCCUCACACAAAACAUUAUUAUAUAGGCCCUCCAGUGCCACUGUUUUAUCCUCUGUUGUGCUCUUGCUCUCUCUUUUUGCUCCUCUCUUCCCAAUUCCCUUCUUCCCUCCAGGGUUAAAAAAACUGGAUAAUUACAGGGUCUUUCUAAUCAAGAAACAUGAGGACAUGCAGGAAACCGUGUGUGUGUUGUGCGUGAUUACUGUGUGUGUGUCUGUGUGUUCAUAUUAGUGUGUUAUGUGUGUGUUUGUUCAUAUGUUUUCCUGGUAUAAGGUUACUUUAGUGUUAUUAAAUGUGGACUGGGGCAUAUACAGUGUCUUCGGAAUGUACUCAGACCCCUUGACUUUUUCCACAUUUUGUUACAGUGAGGGAAAAAAGUAUUUGAUCCCCUGCUGAUUUUGUAUGAUCAGUCUAUAAUUUUAAUGGUAGGUUUAUUUGAACAGUGAGAGACAUAAUAACAACAACAAAAUCCAGAAAAACGCAUGUCAAAAAUGUUAUAAAUUGAUUUGCAUUUUAAUGAGGGAAAUAAGUAUUUGACCCCUCUGCAAAACAUGACUUAGUACUUGGUGGCAAAACCCUUGUUGGCAAUCACAGAGAUCAGACGUUUCUUGUAGUUGGCCACCAGGUUUGCACACAUCUCAGGAGGGAUUUUGUCCCACUCCUCUUUGCAGAUCUUCUUCAAGUCAUUAAGGUUUCGAGACUGAUGUUUGGCAACUCGAACCUUCAGCUCCUUCCACAGAUUUUCUAUGGGAUUAAGGUCUGGAGACUGGCUAGGCCACUCCAGGACCUUAAUGGGCUUCUUCUUCAGCAACUCCUUUGUUGCCUUGGCUGUGUGUUUUGGGUCAUUGUCAUGCUGGAAUACCCAUCCACGACCCAUUUUCAAUGCCCUGGCUGAGGGAAGGAGGUUCUCACCCAAGAUUUGACGGUACAUGGCCCCGUCCAUCGUCCCUUUGAUGCGGUGAUGUUGUCCUGUCCCCUUAGCAGAAAAACACCCCCAAAGCAUAAUGUUUCAUCCUCCAUGUUUGACGGUGGGGAUGGUGUUCUUGGGGUCAUAGGCAGCAUUCCCCCUCCUCCAAACACAGUGAGUUGAGUUGAUGCCAAAGAGCUCGAUUUUGGUGUCAUCUGACCACAACACUUUCACCCAGUUCUCCUCUGAAUCAUUCAGAUGUUCAUUGGCAAACUUCAGACGGGCCUGUAUAUGUGCUUUCUUGAGCAGGGGGACCUUGCGGGCGCUGCAGGAUUUCAGUCCUUCGCGGCGUAGUGUGUUACCAAUUGUUUUCUUGGUGACUAUGGUCCCAGCUGCCUUGAGAUCAUUGACAAGAUCCUCCCGUGUAGUUCUGGGCUGAUUCCUCACCGUUCUCAUGAUCAUUGCAACUCCACGAGGUGAGAUCUUGCAUGGAGCCCCAGGCCGAGGGAGAUUGACAGUUAUUUUUAGUUUCUUCCAUUUGCGAAUAAUCGCACCAACUGUUGUCACCUUCUCACCAAGCUGCUUGGCGAUGGUCUUGUAGCCCAUUCCAGCCUUGUGUAGGUCUACAAUCCUGUCCCUGACAUCCUUGGAGAGCUCUUUGGUCUUGGCCAUGGUGGAGAGUUUGGAAUCUGAAUGAUUGAUUGCUUCUGUGGACAGGUGUCUUUUAUACAGGUAACAAGCUGAGAUUAGGAGCACUCCCUUUAAGAGUGUGCUCCUAAUCUCAGCUCGUUACCUGUAUAAAAGACACCUGGGAGCCAGAAAUCUUUCUGAUUGAGAGGGGGUCAAAUACUUAUUUCCCUCAUUAAAAUGCAAACCAAUUUAUAACAUUUUUGACAUGCGUUUUUCUGGAUUUUGUUGUUGUUAUUCUGUCUCUCACUGUUCAAAUAAACCUACCAUUAAAAUUAUAGACUGAUCAUUUCUUUGUCAGUGGGCAAACGUACAAAAUCAGCAGGGGAUCAAAUACUUUUUUCCCUCACUGUACGUUACAGCCUUAUUCUAAAAUAGAUUAAAUAAAUACAAAUCCUCAGCAAUCUACACACAAUACCCCAAAAUGACAAAGCGAAAACAGGUUUUUAGAAUUUUUUGCAAAUGUAUUAAGAAUAAAAAACAGAAAUACCUUAUUUACAUAAGUAUUCAGACCCUUUGCUAUGAGACUCGAAAUUGAACUCAGGUGCAUCCUGUUUCCAUUGAUCAUCCUUGAGAUGUUUCUACAACUUGAUUGGAGUCCACCUGUGGUAAAUUCAAUUGAUUGGACAUGAUUUGGAAAGGCACACACCUGUCUAUAUAAGGUCCCACAGUUGACAGUGCAUGUCAGAGCAAAAACCAAGCCAUGAGGUCGAAGGAAUUAUCCGUAGAGCUCCGAGACAGGAUUGUGUCGAGGCACAGAUCUGGGAAAGGGUACCAAAACAUUUCUGCAGCAUUGAAGGUCUUAAAUUCUUAAAUGGAAGAAGUUUGGAACCACCAAGACUCUUCCUAGAGCUGGCCGUCCGGCCAAACUGAGCAAUCGGGGGAGAUGGGCCUUGGUCGGGGAGGUGACCAAGAACCCGAUGGUCACUCUGACAGAGCUCUAGAGUUCCUCUGUGGAGAUGGGAGAACCUUCCAGAAGGACAACCAUCUCUGCAGCACGCCACCAAUUAGGCCUUUAUGGUAGAGUGGCCAGACAGAAGCCACUCCUCAGUAAAAGGCACAUGACAGCCCGCUUGGAGUUUGCCAAAAGGCACCUAAAGACUCUCAUACCAUGAGAAACAAGAUUCUCUGGUGUGAUGAAACCAAGAUUCAACUCUUUGGCCUGAAUGCCAAGCGUCAAGUCUGGAGGAAACCUGGCACCAUCCAUGAACGGAACAAAGUACAGAGUGAUCCUUGAUGAAAACCUGCUCCAGAGUGCUCAGGACCUCAGACUGGGGCGAAGGUUCACCUUCCAACAGGAAAACGACACUAAGCACACAGCCAAGACAACACAGGAGUGGCUUCGGGACAAGUCUCUGAAUGUCCUUGAGUGGUCCAGCCAGAGCCCGGACUUGAACCCGAUCGAACCUCUGGAGAGACCUGAAAAUAGCUGUGCAGCAAUGCUCCCCAACCAACCUGACAGAGCUUGAGAGGAUCUGCAGAGAAGAAUGGGAGAAACUCCCCAAAUACAGGUGUGCCAAGCUUGAAGCGUCAUACCCAAGAAGACUCAAUAUUGUAAUCGCUGCCAAAGGUGCUUCAACAAAGUACUGAGUAAAGGGUCUGAAUACUUAUGUAAAUGUUGUUGCAUUUUAAUGUUUUAUAUAUAUAUAAAUUAGCAAAAAAUUCUAAAAACCUAUUUUUGCUUUGUCAUUAUGGGGGUAUUGUGUGUAGAUUGUUAAGGGGAAAAAAAAACAAUUUAAUCAAUUUUAGAAUAAGGCUGUAAAGUAACAAAAUGUGGAAAAAGUCAAGGGGUCUGAAUACUUUCCGAAGGCACUGUGUACCUGCACACUUGGUUUAAGUUGCCCUAUGUUGAGAUGUCCACACUUACAUGUUGUGUCACUUGACCUAGAAAUGUAGCUAUUGUGUACCCACACACACACCACACACACACACACACACACACACACACACACACACAGGAUAAGUCAGUGAUUUCAUAAAUCGCCAGAUUCAAAUGAAACUCUCUCUCUGAAUGGAACUUUCAGGACAGUUUGCCUACCAUUACAUAUGCGGGGCACCACCUUAUAUUUUAGGCCUUUUGCGCCCCACCCGGAAAAUAAUCUAAGGGAAAACACCUCUCAUGCGUAGACCUACUUCCUGGUCUCUUCUAUGACAUCAUAGCCUAAUCCUUCUCUAUCUGAUCCCAUCCUUCUAGCCUGUAGACAGGAAACCACCGAAUGAAAUAGAACAAUAUUAUCUUGUAUGUCUAUGCAGGAAACGCUCUUACGGCAUUGUGUCUGGACUUUGAUGUAAGAUCAGACUGAGUCGUUAGGAUAAUACCCAGACUAUCAUUAGUUACACCACACAGUCACUCCCAUCAUAACCCUGUACUGUACUGUGUGGAUACUAGGAUACAUGCACACACACGAACACACACAUUAUACCGCAGUGUGUGGUAGCGUUAUCUUUACAGGGCUGUUAUUAGGACUUUCACGUCCAUGGCGGCUGGUCUAGUCAGGACAAGUGAGAGGGGGUGGAUAAUGGUAGGGUGACUGGUGGAUGGAGCGAGGUGGGUGGUGAAAGAAGGGAUUUGCAUCUUAGGGAGAUUGUCGGGGCUCUGAUUUUGUAAGGGGAUGGCACAAAUGUAUUAGGGUGUGCAGUAGUUUUUCUAGAUUAGAGAUCUUUCAUAUUUUUCCUUGGUUUGGUCACAAACGUGCGUGCGAGUGUGUGUGUUUACUAGAGCACCUGAUGUAGUGUGUGUUGUUAUGUACAGGACUGAGGCCUCAUCCCUCUAUGUCCUGUGGCUUUGUCUCUGCAGUUCACGGCUCCUCCCUGUCUCUGGUCUCCAGUACCUCCUCUAUCUACUCUACGGUGAGUACAAAUAUUGUAUAUUUUUUUAUAUUUUCAUAGAUGAAAUAUAGCUCCUAAUGCCCUAAUUGUAGAGCUGCCACUGCUCCACUGCUUUACUGUAUAUGUAGCUAUAUGUUUAUUAAUAUGUACUGUAUAUGUUUAUUAAUGAGUUGUAGUAGUCAAUGUUUAAUACCACAUUAAUGCCACAUAUAAACACCCCACUCAGAAAUACAGUGGGGAGAACAAGUAUUUGUACACUGCCGAUUUUGCAGGUUUUCCUACUUACAAAGCAUGUAGAGGUCUGUAAUUUUUAUCAUAGGUACACUUCAACUGUGAGAGACGGAAUCUAAAACAAAAAUCCAGAAAAUCACAUUGUAUGAUUUUUAAGUAAUUCAUUUGCAUUUUAUUGCAUGACAUAAGUAUUUGAUACAUCAGAAAAGCAGAACUUAAUAUUUGGUAAAGAAACCUUUGUUUGCAAUUACAGAGAUCAUACGUUUCCUGUAGGUCUUGACCAGGUUUGCACACACUGCAGCAGGGAUUUUGGCCCACUCCUCCAUACAGACCUUCUCCAGAGGUUUCUGUACCAAAUAUUAAGUUCUGCUUUUCUGAUGUAUCAAAUACUUAUGUCAUGCAAUAAAAUGCAAAUUAAUUACUUAAAAAUUGUAAAAUGUAAAAAUCAUACAAUGUGAUUUUCUGGAUUUUUGUUUUAGAUUCCGUCUCUCACAGUUGAAGUGUACCUAUGAUAAAAAUUACAGACCUCUACAUGCUUUGUAUCCAUCAGCAACUUCACUAAUCAAGCCAGGUUGGUCUAAUGCAUUUAUGUUGAUGAUCGGAUAGCUUAUCUUAAAUCAGUUUUUAAAGGUAAAACGUCACCAGAGUCCUUUAUAUGAGAGAGGAGUAGGAUAGAGUUUCUGCUUGGCACUGAUCUAAUGUCAGUUUUGUGUUUCUCUUUCUAAUGGUUAAUGUUAGGAUUUGGCUAUGGUAAACUGAUUCUAGAUCUGUGCCUAGGGGCAACUUUUAUAAUUUACCUGAAAUAGAGGCGUGGCUGCUCUUACUCAGAUCCGGCCAGUCACGCCCACACACACCCCAGCCAAUCAGUAAAGGGUUUUUCUAUUAGGGUGGCCCCUCCCCUACCCAUCGAUAGGUACACUCCUGGAAGCAGGUGUAGAGGCAGGUCUGUGUGAAGAAAGAGAGAGAAAGAAAGGAAAGGAGGGUGUCUGAGCUCUCAGACAAGUUGGAACUACAGAGCAGAUCUGUGGCAGAUAACUCAGAAGAGAGAGAGAGAGAUUUAUAAAAGGAGGGAAAAGAGAAAAGAAGAGAGUUACAGAAGCUACAGAAGCUGUCAAGAUGAUGGCCACUUUAUCCAUGACAGGAACGGUCACAGCUUGGGACGUACGCACGGUAGGGAUGGGAUGGAGGAAGAGGAGAGGAGGAUUGCACUCAGGAAUAUUCCAAUUUGAAUAUUGGAAUUCAGAUUCAGAUAGAUUGGGGAUUUGUUUCUUUUCAACAACCAUUUUGAGAUUAUUUUUGUCAUGAAGAUAAUGAUGAUUCAGUGGGAAGGAUAAUGAUUCUAUAGCAAUUGAAGUUCCAUCAUGUGUUUUGGAUCAACUGGUAUUGACUUGGGGUACAGCGAGAGAAAGAUCUUCUGUCAGUUGUGUUUUGUCUGGGAUGAAUAUGAAGGACAGGUCUGUUUGUGUGUCUUAGAUUGUUUGGUUUUGCCUCUGAUUUAUGCUUCAACCCUAACCUUAACCAUUAGGGUGGAAAUGCAAAACUGAUCUUAGAUCAGUGUCUAGGAGACAACUGUGAAUGACAGAUCUGUUUGUGUGUGUAGACACUGUGUUGACAGGUUAUACUUUGUCACCGCCCCCUCACACUUCUUCAGGUGCAUGAGAGUGGAACAAAGCACACACACACACACACACACACAGAUUUGUUUUUGUGAAUUUUCAGGACUUUUUGAUGAGUACAUUUUUUUUACGAUAAAGAACUCAUAUUUUCCCUAACCCUAAACCUAACCCUUAAUCUAACCUUAACCCUAACCCCUAACCCUAACCUUAACACUAAACCUAACCCUUAAGCCUAAAAUAGCAUAUUAACAAAUUCAGGAUAUGGUUCUUGUUUUCCUACCUUGUCAGAACAUUCUGGUGACUUGUCAGGACAUUCUGAUCCUGAUAAAGUAGGAAGACAUGUACACACAAACACACACACACACACACACCAUGAUUAGCUCCAACAAACAAACCUGUUCUUAACACAUUACAGCGCCAGACAGACAGGCGGGACCAGGGGAAAAAACAUUACUAAUAGAAGUUUGUUAUGUCACAAUAACACAGCAACUACUAGUUCCUUUAUUUGGGUUGAAAUCAGGGCCUGCCUAGCAACCGUCCACACGCUGCACAUAAAUCACAGGUGGACAAUACCGAGAUAUGUAGGAGCAGAAUAGGGUAGAAUGGUGUUUUGGUUUGAAAAUGUACAGACUGGCUCUCUGUGCGGAGACUUUUAUCUAUACCUGUAAAGGGGGGUAUUGUGUCUUAUACUGUUUGUGAUGGGUUGGUCUGUGUGUACGCCAUUGUGUGUGUAUACAGUUUAUACUGUAUGCGUGCAAAUGUGUGUGGGCGUGAGGCCAUGUAUGUGUGCUUGUGUGUAUGUGGUUUCCCAAGCUCUCCUGUGUUACCAUUGUUGAGAGUGGAGUCUAGGGAGACAAUACCUCUCAGCAGAGAGACACACACACACACUCUGCCUCCUCCCACCAACACACUCUAAACGCCUCCAGGAGCAUAGAUCUCUGCUUUCCAGACCCAUUACACCAGACAUCUCUAAUCACCAUGUCUCUGUAACUACAAAAUCAUCAGGGAGUUUGAACUAGAGAAAAUAUACAGAGCCUGAAGACAGUGUUCUGAAGCCAUGCUGGGCUGGUGUAGUCUGGUGUAGUCUGCUAGCCCCAGGUGCUGUAGAAGUAUAUCAACUAUCAACCCUCCCUCCUCCCUCCCUUUCAGGCUUGAAUAACACUGCUUUCUUUCUUCCAAUCAAUAGAUAAUCUAAUCAUUCUCUUUUUGUUUUCACAGACUGAAGAGAAAUCCCAGUCAGAGGUAAGACUUUCACCUUCUUUGUAAAGAAAUGCACUCUUUCUCCCUUCUCUCUUUCUUGUUGGUUUAUCUCUCUCUCUCUCUCUCACUCUCUCUUAUAUUUAUUUUUAAUUUUUUUGUUCUGUAUUUUACCCCCUUUUUCGAUCUUGUCACAUCGCUGCAACUCCCCAGGUCGAGUCAUCCUCCGAAACAUGACCCGCAAAACCGCGCUUCUUAACACCCGCCGUCUUAACCCGGAAGCCAGCCGCACCAAUGUGUCGGAGGAAACACUGUUCACCUGACGACCAAGGUCAGCCUGCAGGCGCCCUGCCCGCCACAAGGAGUCGAUAGAGCGUGAUGAGCCAAGUAAAGCCCCCCCCCGGCCAAACCCUCUCCUAACCCGGACGACGCUGGGCCAAUUGUGCGCCACCCUAUGGGACUCCCGAUCACGGCUGGUUGUGAUACAGCCCGGGAUCGAACCCGGGUCUGUAGUGACGCCUCUAGCACUGCAAUGCGGUGCCUUAGACCGCUGUGCCACUCGGGUGGCCUCCUCUCUCUCUCUUAUUCUUCUCUAUUCAUAUGACAUGUUGGAACAUGGGGGCGUAUUCAGUAUUGUAUCUAGUUACACAUGUCUGUGUUGUGGGUGAUCAUGUGACAACAAGCUCUUGUUCCAGACACCUGUGUACACCUGUGUGCUCCUUUAUGAAGCCAUGACAUGAUGCUUCCUUUCCCUAACCCCUUUCUAUCAGAGGGUAGAUCAGGGAGUUUUCCCUUGUAUUGUCACACCUACAAAACUUUCUCAGCCUGUCAAACAUUCUCAGCCUGUUUUGGUGUGUUUUGGUGGUGGUGUGUUUUGGUGAUGGUGUGUUUUGGUGGUGCGUUUGGAUGGUUGAUGUGUGUGUUUUUAUUUUUAGAUCCGUAAGCUGCGUAGAGAGCUGGACGCCUCCCAGGAAAAAGUCUCUGCCCUGACAACACAGCUGAGUGCUAAUGUAAGUACAACAGGAGGGAAACCUAGCUACACACAUAGUUGUGGAAACAUAUGCCUGCACAAAUAUACAGAAACGAAAGUGUAAACACUAGGGCUGUUGCGGUGACUACCGCCACACCGGCAGUCAUGAAUCAUGACCACAGCUCUAUUGUCCCUCUAAUCACUCAAUGCAAAUGCAAUCGAAAAUCACUUAUCAUCAAAACAGUAUCAUGCUUUUAAAACUCACCGUUAGGCGAUGUUGUUUGACCUCACUGUGAUAGAUCAAUUUUAUGAAAGAAGUUCAACAACAGGUUGAAACUGAGUUGAAAACAUGGUUGUUGUGGAUCUUGUUUCAAAGCCAAACACAACGAAAUCGACAGCUCUUUCUAAGGUGAUGAUUAUUUCAACGCAUUUAAGAUGUCGCAUGUAGAACACAUAGCCUAAUAAAUAGCCUACCACAUAUUACGCACGGCAGAAACACUGUUUUUUUUUUAUUAUUAUUUUAAAACAUAUUUUAGAUGUCUUUGGUAAAUAAUUGGCCUACUCCAAAAUUAUACAAACUCUAGUAAUCUCCUUUGAGUGUGGACUGUGUUAUUACGCACACUGGAUGGACUGGUUACCUUAUGCUAUGCUCCAAACUUUACAGUGGGGAAAAAAGUAUUUAGUCAGCCACCAAUUGUGCAAGUUCUCCCACUUAAAAAGAUGAGAGGCCUGUAAUUUCCAUCAUAGGUACACGUCAACUAUGACAGACAAAAUGAGGAAAAAAAUCCAGAAAAUCACAUUGUAGGAUUUUUAAUGAAUUUAUUAGCAAAUUAUGGUGGAAAAUAAGUAUUUGGUCAAUAACAAAAGUUUCUCAAUACUUUGUUAUAUACCCUUUGUUGGCAAUGACACAGGUCAAAUGUUUUCUGUAAGUCUUCACAAGGUUUUCACACACUGUUGCUGGUAUUUUGGCCCAUUCCGCCAUGCAGAUCUCCUCUAGAGCAGUGAUGUUUUGGGGCUGUCGCUGGGCAACACAGACUUUCAACUCCCUCCAAAGAUUUUCUAUGGGGUUGAGAUCUGGAGACUGGCUAGGCCACUCCAGGACCUUGAAAUGCUUCUUACGAAGCCACUCCUUCGUUGCCCGGGCGGUGUGUUUGGGAUCAUUAUCAUGCUGAAAGACCCAGCCACGUUUCAUCUUCAAUGCCCUUGCUGAUGGAAGGAGGUUUUCACUCAAAAUCUCACGAUACAUGGCCCCAUUCAUUCUUUCCUUUACACGGAUCAGUCGUCCUGGUCCCUUUGCAGAAAAACAGCCCCAAAGCAUGAUGUUUCCACCCCCAUGCUUCACAGUAGGUAUGGUGUUCUUUGGAUGCAACUCAGCAUUCUUUGUCCUCCAAACACGACGAGUUGAGUUUUUACCAAAAAGUUCUAUUUUGGUUUCAUCUGACCAUAUGACAUUCUCCCAAUCCUCUUCUGGAUCAUCCAAAUGCACUCUAGCAAACUUCAGACGGGCCUGGACAUGUACUGGCUUAAGCAGGGGGACACGUCUGGCACUGCAGGAUUUGAGUCCCUGGCGGCGUAGUGUGUUACUGAUGGUAGGCUUUGUUACUUUUGUCCCAGCUCUCUGCAGGUCAUUCACUAGGUCCCCCCGUGUGGUUCUGGGAUUUUUGCUCACCGUUCUUGUGAUCAUUUUGACCCCACGGGGUGAGAUCUUGCGUGGAGUCCCCAGAUCGAGGGAGAUUAUCAGUGGUCUUGUAUGUCUUCCAUUUCCUAAUAAUUGCUCCCACAGUUGAUUUCUUCAAACCAAGCUGCUUACCUAUUGCAGAUUCAGUCUUCCCAGCCUGGUGCAGGUCUACAAUUUUGUUUCUGGUGUCCUUUGACAGCUCUUUGGUCUUGGCCAUAGUGGAGUUUGGAGUGUGACUGUUUGAGGUUGUGGACAGGUGUCUUUUAUACUGAUAACAAGUUCAAACAGGUGCCAUUAAUACAGGUAACGAGUGGAGGACAGAGGAGCCUCUUAAAGAAGAAGUUACAGGUCUGUGAGAGCCAGAAAUCUUGCUUGUUUGUAGGUGACCAAAUACUUAUUUUCCACCAUAAUUUGCAAAUAAAUUCAUUAAUAAUCCUACAAUGUGAUUUUCUGGAUUUUUUUCUCUCUCAAUUUGUCUGUCAUAGUUGACGUGUACCUAUGAUGAAAAUUACAGGCCUCUCUCAUCUUUUUAAGUGGGAGAACUUGCACAAUUGGUGGCUGACUAAAUACUUUUUUCCCCCACUGUAUAUCCAUGAGUCUGGGAGAGAAUGUAUAGGCCUAGGCGAUGCUGUUGGUUCAUUGAUUGAUUGUGCAGGGUUGCUUACAGAGUAUAGUUAGCCUACAAUUAUAGUGAAUUUGUAUUUGAUUUUGAAUAGCCUAGUAAUAGGGUAUUUUUUUAUAUUUUCAUAAUUAAUAGGCUGCCACAUUACCUUUAGCUACAGAAUAUGAUGGUUACCUCUAAAAAGAGGAUGAUCACAGCUUUCUACUGCUACUAUAUUUAUUUUUCAGCUGCUAAUAUUAAGCACCUUUCUCUGAUGUAAAACCGGAGUAGCCUACCCAGCAUGAUUGAAACUGUGGGAAAGCGCAGCCUCCAUUCACUAUUCGAGUACGUAAGGAUGACAUGUAUUUUUCCCCCUGCCCUUGUUCCUGCCUAUUUGAUAAUAGCCUAUUCUAAAUCAAAACUAAUUUCACAUAUUAGUAAAGACAAGAUUACAUUGAGAAUAGUGAGAAUAUUAUCACUUGAUAAGAGAACAGCGUGAGGCAAGGAACAGAGUGCAAGCUGUUUUUGUGACUUUUUCCAAAUCAUCAAUAUAGUAGAAUAAUGCAGCCCGUAUACAAUAUGCUUUCAUUUCUAAGACAUUCUAAGGUUUGUAUCAUUCACAUAAAUCGAGCUUAUAGGACCUGUUUCAAAGGAUCACUUUUACUCUCAACAUAGCUCAUAUGCUCGCAUGGGAAUGAGAAAAAUAUCCUUUCUAUUUUAUUCCGCUAAGUUCAAUUAUAUUCAUAUAAUGGCACAGAAUUUAUAAGCAUAUCUUGUCUGCUAAAUGAACUAGCCUACAGCCUUCCAUUGACAUUACGCAUAGCCAGAUAACAUACAGUAGGCCGACUCAUAUUCUGUUCUUCUGAAAUACAUUUUCUUCAUAUCAUAAUGUUUCUUUAGAUCUGCCUAAAAUAAAUGGUGUAUAUUAAAUGGAUGUAUUAUACUUUUUAAAAACUUAGAUGUUCUAAAGGCACGCAUCAGCGGCUUGUAAGCGUCGGGGCCUGGAGAUGCUAAACGUGUUUGUUAAUUAACGGUCAAUUACCUUGAGACCGGCAGACAUUUACAUGACCGUUACCAUCUGACAGAAUGUAAUGACCGCCACAGCCCUAGGACACACACACUCAAGCAGAAACACAUACAGGAACUCAUUUGCUGACAGACACACACACACACACUCUGCCUCUCAGAUACACAUAGUCCCAAACACACAGAAACAAUUUCUUGCACACACACAUACAGUGCAUUCGGAAAGUAUUCAGACCCCUUCACUUUUUCCACAUUUUGUUGCAUUACAGCCUUAUUCUAAAAUGGAUUAAAUUGUUUUUUUCCCUCAUCCAUCUACACACAAUACCCCAUAAUGACAAACCAAAAACAGGUUUGGCAGUGAUUACAGCUUCGAGUCUUCUUGGGUAUGACGCUACAUGUUUGGCACAACUGUAUUUGGGGAGUUUAUCCCAUUCCUCUCUGCAGAUCCUCUCAAGCUCUGUCAGGUUGGAUGGGGAGUGUUGCUGCACAGCUAUUUUCAGGUCUCUCCAGAGAUGUUCCAUCGGGUUGAAGUCCGGGCUCUGGCUGGGCCACUCAAGGACAUUCAGAGACCUGUCCCGAAGCCACUCCUGCGUUAUCUUGGCUGUGUGCUUAGUGUCGUUGUCCUGUUGAAAGGUGAACCUUCACCCCAGUCUGAGGUCCUGAGCGCUCUGGAGUAGGUUUUCAUCAAGGAUCGCUCUGUACUUUGCUCCGUUAAUCUUUUCCCUGACUUAUCCUGACUAGUCUCCCAGUCCCUGAAGCUGAAAAACCUCCCCACAGCAUGAUGCUGUCACCACCAUGCUUCAACUGUAGGGAUGGUGCCAGGUUUCCUCCAGACGUGACGCUUGGCAUUCAGGCCAAAGAGUUCAAUCUUGGUUUCAUCAGACCAGAGAAUCUUGUUUCUCAUGGUCUGAGAGUCCUUUAGGUGCCUUUUGGCCAACUCCAAGCGGGCUGUCAUGUGCCUUUUACUGAGGAGUGGCUUCCGUCUGGCCACUCUACCAUAAAGGCCUGAUUGGUGUAGUGCUGCAGCGAUGGUUGUCCUUCUGGAAGGUUCUCCCAUCUCCAUAGAGGAACUCUGGAGCUCUGCCAGAGUGACCAUCGGGUUCUUGGUCACCUCCCUGACCAAGGCCCUUCUCCCCCGAUUGCUCAAUUUGUCUGGGCGGCCAGCUCUAGGAAGAGUCUUGGUGGUUCCAAACGUCUUCUAUUUAAGAAUGAUGUUCUUGGGGACUUUCAAUGCUGCAAAUAAAUGUUGGUACCCUUCCCCAGUUGGGUUGGGUAGACUUUGUUCAUAUAUUUGAUUAUAUGUUCCCCGACAGACAGAUGGGUGCUUGUAUGAGUAUUGAGAACACACCCUCAAGGCAAAGACACAUAUCUGGCUGCAAAGCCCCUCACGUAUGACAGCAGCGCCGUGACUUGAAUCGUGUGUCAGUCAACACGUCUGCUACACGCUAGUACACCAACCACCUCCCUGCGUGUUCAGAGGUGAACCUACGUUUUCAUUGGACAGCGCGUAGUGCGGGGGUUAAGUACGCAGAGCAUCCUAGACAGAGGAGAUUAAACGUUCUUAGGUGAUGAAGGUUGUCACACAGUGGUCUACUAUUUCACCAUUGUAGUGAAUUAUAACUUUGGUUUGGUGGUCAAAAGGGUGUAUCAAGCGUCUCAGAGUAGGAUUGCUGAUCUAGGAUCAGGUCCCCCCCGGUUCAUAUAAUCGUAUUCAUUAAGAUCUAAAAGGUUUGGCUCUCUAGCAUGCUUGGAUCUGUUUGUCUGUUUAUUGGGUAGGAAUGAUGUAAUGUUUUGGUUGUGUUUGGUUUUGAUACUGUGUGGCUUUGAGUGUGUAUCUGGUUACCGGGCUUUUUAACUGAUGCAGAUUAUUAUUUGUACAAGCUAGAUCAUGGUUUCUUACACUCAAGACCCAAAUGAGAAAUUUGACCGUCCUCCCCUGACCCAAAUCGUCCUCCAUUGACCCAAAUUAAGCAUAAAUUGUGUGAUUAUAGAUGUAUUCUCAUAACUCACCUCUAACAUGCCCAGGGCCCACUUUGGGUCCCGACCCAUAGUUUAAGAAACCCUGAGCUAGAUUAUUAUUUGUAGUAGAUUAUGAUUAUUUGGGUUUGGUACUGUGUGUGGUUGUGGUAUAAAAUGGACCUGAGUGAUGUCGUGUUUGGGUUUCAGGCGAGGCCAUUGUGGCUGUGUUAA